AUGGUUUCUAAGCAGCAAAUGCAGAGAGCGGUGCUACUGCUCUGUUGGCUGCCGCUCCUCAACCACUGCCACGCCGUAAAUCCAGGUUGUUCUUGCGUUGUGUACAGCAGCUCGGACAGGCCUCAAGGUGGCAUUUUCACAUCCCCAGACUUUCCCAGACGAUACCCAUCGAACAUCGAUUGCCUUCUCUACACAUUCGUCGGUCAUCCGGACGAGAUCAUUGUUUUAACGUUUCAUCAGUUCAGCAUUCGUCGCAUGUGGCCAGACUGUUCCACAGGAGAUUUCUUGAAGCUAUUUUUACACCUGGAGAGUAAGGGCGUUUCCGAGUACACUCCUUGGGCCGGUGUGCUUUGUGGGGAAUUGCGUGACAUCCCGCAAGUACUUUACAGUUCAAGAUCGACGCUCAUUCUAGAGUUUCAUACGGAGGGUCCACCGUCUAAUGCCACUGGCUUUUCCGGCACUUUUCGUUUUAUCGACAGACGUUUGUUCGAGACGGACGGCCUGCUGGUGCCGGGCACGAUGUGCGACCACGAGUUCAUCAGCUCGCAAUUGACACCGCAGUACGGACGAUUCUACUCGCCGCGGUACCCGUCCUCCUACCCGAAGAACAUCCGGUGCUCCUACCUCUUCCGGGCGAGAUUGAAGGAGAGAAUUCGCCUGGUCUUCGAGGAGAUCUCUCUGCAAAAAGGAGACCUGAGUUGCCUGAAUAGGGCGGAUUUAAUCAGGGUGCACGACGGAACGGAUUCAGGGGCGCCCACAAUAGCCGUGCUCUGCAACCAAGGAGCGGAAGUGGAGGUACUCAGCACGGGGCCAGACCUCUACGUCGAGUUCGUCGCUAAUUCCGAGUGGCCGGGCCAAGGCUUCAAGGCGAUGUUCCAAUUCCAGCCAUUGGACGAUGCGCCGCAUCCUGAGCUGGACAAGGCCGUCCCAGGGGCUGUUACGGGGAACCCCAAGUACUCGGUCAUCGGGCCGGCUGUCAGCGCUACCAGCCAUGUGCUACGUAAAUAG